UUACUUUUCUUAAAAGCAGUCGUUCAAUGAGGUGCAGUGUUUACAGAGACAGUACUUAGUCUGUAGUCAGUUUUUUUAUUUGAAAUCAAUAUGUCAAAAGCGCCGAUUACCCGAGCAAUAGUUUACAGAGUUUUUAUGAUAAUUUAUUUUUCAUCAUUUAAUAAGAAGGAAAUGUAUCACAGUUUUAUUAUAAGUACUUCGUAUGGGAUUAGAUACUAUCCAAUCAGUUGGGUAUCUGCUACACCAUCCACAGCAGAAAACUUCUCUAAUCAGGCCUUCGUCGCAGGAAAAGAGGGUUGGGACGGCAGCCCUCUUUGGAUCAUCAGGUCACAUCAUAAAGGCGAGCUUUGCCUUGGAAAGUUGGCUAUCAAACACCGUGCAUCUUUAAUCCCGCACGCUGGACAAGAGAUUCAAGUUGAAAAUUUUGAGAUUCUGCUUGCUCAACCGUCAUCAGUUCACUGGGUGGCCAGCAACAAUGGUCAAGUACCCAUAAGAGCUAUCCAUGCCGGCAAUUCUUACGACGGCGAGCCUUUCUACAUAGCUAGAGUCGGUCACAGAGGAUCACUUACACCAGGAAAGGUCCAUCCUAGCCGACGGUGUUGCUACAUUCCAUUCGGAGGCAGUGAAUUAUCGUUUACAGAGUACGAGGUCCUCUGCAAAGUUGAUUAAUCCAUAUGAUUGUCAUGGAUAAUAUUACUUUUUCAUGUUUGUAUAAAUACAAAGCUUUAGGUUUCCAUUUUUUUUAUAUUUUUAUUUAUUUGCGAACCUAAACUACAAAGUUGCAUUAUUUACUAUGGUAGGAGUGCAGCUGGUGUUUGUCGUAAUCAUCAGCUAAUAGGAAAUAUGCAUGAUUUUUUUAUAUUUUUCUUUAAUAGUCUACAUCCCUUUGUCAAACAUAAAAAACAACGUUGAACAAAUAGCAUGUAGUUUUAAAAAGAAUGAUAAAAAUAGCCACCUUACACGGGCAUUUUAUACGCUCCCUAUUUUGAACGCUUGGGCGUGACGUCACAAUUCAUAUCAACCUACAAACAAGAUGAAUGACCUUGCAAAAUACUGAAAUUAUUUUGCGUUCUAUACCUUCACGGUGGAUGGAAGUUGGAAACCACGUCAAUCAAAUAGACAUUAUGUUUAGUACGUUUAAAAAAAAUUAGUGAAAUGUUUCACUCGAUGUCAAGUGGAACACAAUAUAAAUUCCUUGGUGGAACGUAACCUUGACAACUACGCACUCGAAGCACUAUCAUCAUCAUCCUAUUAAUGUCCCCACUGCUGGGGCACAGGCCUUCCCUAUGGAUGGAAUAGUGAGAUAUAGAGAACGCACUAUAAUCUUGUUGAAAUGGCAGAUGCUGUGAACAUCACGUUUGUUUGUUGUUAUAACGUUUUACGUCACAACCGCUCUCGUCGUGCUUCAAAUACAUAUUUAAAUUUCCCACAAUUUUUUUGCACAUGUAUGUCAUUAAUUUUGUACGAAAAGUUUAUUAUUUAAUAUUGAUCAACGGACAACUUAGAAGUAAUAAGGUUCCAUGCAUAUUAACAUCUCUAUUGCAGUGGCACAGACCUUCAUCAUGGACGUGAUAUGCCAUGACCAAUAUAAUUUAUAGUUUGCUUUAAAAUAAAUUAUUACCGGACAACAACCCUACGACAGUCAAAAAUUAGGACCGUUACAACGAAUUUUAAGAAAAGAUGUAACAUACACUUCGUCGUAAGAAUUUGAAUAAAUUGUAGGCCAAAUUUUUCUGAACCAAGACAGAAAAGAACACGCACAUAGUAAAUUGAAUUUGGAAUCCAGUGAAAACGUGCCGAAACCGGUCAGAACGACACUUAGUCCGAUUAAUGCUGAGAAAAAGUUCAAAUGGGCAGGAAACCCCAUAACCCUUAAAAAAGCGCAAAAAUCGAAUAAAAAUAAAAAAAAUCAACUUAUCAGCUAUCCAACCUAGUGUCUAGCUCAGCAGCUGAUUGGUUGUAGUCGUUGUAGAGUAAGAAAAAUACGGUUAGUGGGUGAAAAUUGAAGUAGCCGAGAAGAGCUUAACAGGAUAACCUAUGACGAAAUAAGAAGGUAAAGGUUUUGUCAAUAGGAACCGGUUAUAUUUAAAUUCGAAUAAAAACAAGAUUGUUUACAUGUAGAUGAAAUUUUCUUAUUAUUUGAGUAUGUACCCUUAGCACCAACCAAUAUCGAAAUCGAAAUGUCAUUGUCAAAUUUUAUUUGAAAACUUGAACAGCGGCGCCACAACGGACGUAACGAGAACUUAAAAUUAGUACACACUUGACGUACAAAAUAGAUCGAAUACGAUUAUAGUUCGUGUUAGGGGUACAGAUCUCUAGACGCGGUGAAGUCCCUCGACGGGGAUCUCGCGGUUCCGCACUUUACAGCGUAGAGGGUAUUCGCAGGAUUUUUUAGCGGAUAGUAUGCCGUAAGCCCUCGUAUGCCGCGCAGACUGCUUAACGGCGUCUCCGUUUCGCAACCGUGAGACUUGUGAGAGGCUAGGUGUGAGGUCCGUUCGUUGGUGUGCCCCUUAAGGGCGCAAACGACUGUAAUUAGAGAUUUUGCCUGCGUAAUAAAAAAAGGGGUACAGAUCUCGUUUAAAAAAAGGGAUUAAUUAUGCCCCAAGGUCAAAAUGCGCACCAUAUACACAGUCACUCUUUUUGGAUGCAACAGUCUUUCAUGAACCUCUUCAAGAUGUUAAAGCCCGAGCUUAAAUUUUUUUCACUAUUUGACGAAUUGCGUCCUCUUUAAGACUGUUAAGUUUAAGGUACAAUUCCGCAAUGGGCUGCAGACGACAACCGCAGGCGACACUGCGGCUAGCACCUGCGGCUGACCGCAGUGCUGCCUGCGGUCGCGGCAGCUUCUUUUCCAAGCGCGGCAGCAUGUCGCUGCGGCUGCACAAUGCAUUUAAACAUGCCUCAGUCACUCCAAUACCUACGAGUACCGAGAGUAUAGUGUUAUCUCUUUUUGUCUAGCAAUAUUUUCCAACACUACUUUUUUUCAACAGAUUUCAAUAUCCAUGACAACGAAAGAAAAUAAAUUUAAUAAAAAUGAAAUCUAAAAACUUACGAGUGAAAUGUUACACCAAUAGCUUUAUUUGGAUUUCUAGAACUGUUAGAGUACUUUCCGAAAGCAUACGGCGGUAUUGUAAUACACGUUUCUUGCAAAAAAUGGGAAUUGGAAAAAGAAAUGGGAGUUAGCUCAUUCGAGUAUUGACAGAUUUCGGUGUGAUCAAACUAUGGUAAGGGCAUAUCUAACGAUUCAAAUCUUUGGUGUGACCUCUCUGCGGUUGGCGACACCACUGGAACUGCAGUCUGCGGUCGCUGCACGCCGCAGCCGCAGUCUACGCGCCGCGGCUGCUGGCCGCAAUGUCGCCGCGCUCCGAAUCAAUUUCAUAGAGAUCCAUAGAAACUAGUAGUGUCGCCUGCAGUCUGCAGCUGCGGCCUGUGGUCUGCGGUUCAGUUCGGACGUGUACCUUUACCAUAAGUUUCCCGUUAGCCACGAAACGAUUGACAAAUUGAAAUUCUAUGAUUCAAUGCGUUACUCAACUGUGUAGUGCCUCAUAUAAUAAAUGCCGUACUUUUAAUAACUUAUCUGACAAAGAUACUUUGUCCCUAUCGGAAAACCCUGUACAAAAACCUCUAGUAAACAAGUCACUAUACCUAUAUAUUGAGUAAAACCGUUUGGAGUUGGAAAAAAUCCUCAAAAUAAGCGCUUCUCUACAAUAUGUACCUAUUAACUUAAACAAUAUACUUUAUUUAGAUUGUAGUCACAUCACAUCACAUCAACACUACCUUGACGCCUGCUGUACCAAAAUUGUGACACUACUCCACGGGAUAAGAGAUUGGGUCAGCAGAGUAGGCAACGGUGUUAUGGACAUUUUGGUAUCGUAGGCGUCUAUAGGCUAUGGUGGCCGCUUACCAUCAAGAGGGUCAUAGGCUUGUUUGCCACUAUGGUGCGUUCUGUACCAACUUUGUGACUCCACUGAACCUGUAGUCCUGUGGAAACACCUUCUACAACAAAUGUAAACAACGACCUGUUAUAAGUAUUUCAAUUUAUACCUUUUCAUAAUCGUUGCUUAAUGCAAAAAUUAAUCACUCUACAGAUUAAUAUAUUCUAGAAAGCAACUGUCUUCAACGUAUCAAAUAUCAAACUUAUUUCAGUACAAAUACGAGUGCCUAUAGAUUGAGAUAUGUCUUAAUUCUUUGUUAUUAUUCAUUUGUUAUUACUUAGAAAUCAUUUACAGCAAAAGCUAUCUAUUCACUUCAUAUCUAAUCUGUAAGUUGAAGCAGAUAUGAUACUGAAUCGCGGUUAUCCGAACAAAUACGUAAAUUGUAAUCGAACGUGACUUCAGUGAAGUGCAGUCUAUAGCAUAAGUUGGAUUUUCAUAGCUUAGCCUGUUAAAUUAGGGAUUUAUCAAUAUGGCGAACCAACCCCCUUACGGUCCUCCCCAGUACCACGGUUACCCGCCGCCGCCGAACUCAAACAUCGCCUUCGUUCCCGCCCCCGUGAUGAUGCCAAUCUACCCUCCCGCACCACCUCCACCGAUGCCAGAAAACAACCCUACAUACGUCACGAACUACUACUAUCCACCGUCGUACCAGCAGCCAGAGCAACCUCCCAUCGUACAACCGGUUGAAGAACCAAUCGACUGGGUAUCGGCUACAACGUCGUCAGCAGUCAACUACUCCCACCGAGCUUUCGUCGGCGGUAGAGAGGGUUGGGACGGCAGUCCCCUCUGGAUCAUCAGGGCUCAUCACAGUGGCGAGUUCAUCCCUGGAAAGUUGGCUAUCAAACACAGGGCAGCUUAUGUACCGUACUGUGGUAAAGAAGUCCCCGUCCACAACUUUGAGAUUUUGCUUGCCCAACCGUCAGCUGUACGCUGGCUGCCCGGCAGUUAUGGCCAAGUGCCUAUUGGAGCGAUCCCGGCCGGCAACACUCAUGCUGGCGAGCCCCUCUACAUAGCCCGAGUCAGUCACCAAGGGUCUUUCACACCGGGAAAGGUCCACCCUAGCCAUCAGUGUUCUUACAUUUCAUUCGGUGGCAGGGAGAUGUCCUUUAGAGAAUACGAAGUCCUAUGCAAGGUCGUCGGUUAAUCAGUAUAGCAAUAAUUUAAUAUAAUUACAAUCAAUGAUAAUACAUAAAAUAUAUCAUUGAUUCCAAUGAGUCGUGUACAUUUAACCGGACAUAAAAUAUAAGAGUGGCUUUCAAGAAUUACUUAUGAUUUUUUCUUAAUUUUGGUGGAGUUUGUUUAUUUAUUUAUAAUAAAUAAUAUUAUACGUUCUUGUGGUAAAAAUAAACGAGAAUUAUAAUAUUUAUAAGUGUUACUUUUUAAUUUUAUCGUCACCUAAAUUGGUAAGGAACCAAAAUUGUUAAUUGACUCCAAAAUUUGUUAUUUAUCAUUAUAUGAGAUUAAGGCCGGGGCUAAUCUUUUUUUGGUCUCUCCUAUCCAUUUCAAAAAAAUAAGAACAUAAUAUAAAAUAAAGGAAAAAUAAUUUAUUGUUUAAUAUUUUCUUUUUAUGGAAAUUCAUCGAAUGCUUAAAGGUCUCUUCAAUUAUACAAGGUGGCGCAAAAUGAAUUAUAUAAUUUUGUCAUUGUAGAAAUUUAAUCUGUAUUCACAAUAAAUGCAUUUAUUAUUAGUGCUAAUUUUGUUUGCGUGAUACCAAAACUGCGUAAUUAUGAGAAAGGUUUAUUUUUUGCCCGAGUACCGAGAUUAGGGCUGUGUCGUCGCAUACUAUCACUUUGUAAUAGAUCUAUGUGAUAUUGUUUUAUAGGUAUGCUGAUGACACAUCUCUUAAUUUCAAAGCUGAUAGAGGCAUGGACCAAUAUAGAUUAAGAAAAUUUUGCCGAGAUAAAUGACAGACACCCUUUCAAAUGUUCUUCAUUGAUUUACUGUUAACAAGUUAUUAUUAAAUGCAAACAAAACUAAUGUCACCUUACCUUAUGUCAAGCAAGUUUUUAACACGAUUGAUAGUAAAUAAUAAACUAUAUAGUAGCAUAAGUUCCACAACAUUGCUGGAAAUCACCUUAGAUUCAAAACUUCAGUGGGGUCCAGAUAUUGAAACCUUGUCAGCAAACCUCAGUUCGGUUGCUUUUUCGGUGAGAAUGAUAAGACAAAUAUCUGAUAUUGAAAGGGCAAACUAGUAUAUUUUAGCUACUUCCGUAGUUAACUAUCAUACGGCAUAUAAUUUUUUGGGGCUCAGCUGUGGACAUUAAAACUGUGUUGUUCAAAGAGAGCAGUGCAGGCCAUUUAUGUAACUAUUAUAUUAUAUACGAUAAAAGAUUCUCUUAAAGAUUGAGGUCCAAAUCUUUAAAAGAAUAUUUUGACAAGGCGCGGCGCAAAAGUAACCAAUUAUAUUUUUGUAUAACUUUUUUAAUUAAUAAAAAAAUAUAAAUGUUGAGCGAUGGAAGUCUUGAUUACGAUCUUUAAAAAUUUUCUGUUAAAUAGAAAGAUGAUAUCCGUCAAUUAGCUGUCGCCGUGUUCAUACAUAUUUGUUUUCGUUUUAUCGCAUUUUCCAUUAUUUCCGCAAUAUUCCCGGUGAUAACUGUUCGCAUUCCUGUCCUUUGCUUAGUAGUUAGUAUGUUUAGUAUUAUUGUAUUCACACAUCUCUUGAUUACAAAUACUUUAAUGUAACGAAAUUGGUGGAAUCAAUAAAAAAAUAAUUACAACUUUUCUAUAGUAUGGUGUGAGUGUUGGAAAUAUUUAUUUAUUAUACUUAUCACUUCGAACCUUCAUUGGUUUUGUGUGUGGAUUGUGGUCCUCAAAAAGAAAUAAAAAAUCACGUUAUAUUUAAAAAUAUUUAUAAAUUAUUACAAAAAGAAACUAUAAUAUAAAAUAAAACAUAAAUUUUCAUUUACGCAUGUCACAUUUUCUAGGUGUAAUAAUCUCAUUACUUAACAGAUGUUGAUGAGGUGUAAAAUUGUGCAAUAAAAUGAAAAAAUGGUUAUGGUAUUUUAUGGCUUGUCUUGCUCGAGAUGCGGUCCGAAGUUGUUAAAAAUAUACCAAAUGCGAGUUAAAUAAUUUACUUGAAAGAAUUUCACAUUGUAAACUAGUGUAGCGUUUUAGUACACAGCGAAUGCUACUAGAUGGCGCUGUUCCUGCUUAAAAGGUAAAUAUGGACUCGCAAACGGUAGACUGGAAUCACUCGAGACUUCAUCGCUAUCUUCCCUCCGCGAAGGUGGGCUGAUCCAUAACCAUCACGUUGCCUCCGAAGUCGUUGGGAUCCCCUCUUGUGUCUGGUACGCCAUUAUCGACGAAAUUGACAUUCGAGUUGUCAUCACAACAGAGGCUGCAACAAGCCCCCAUGAUGCCUAAGAACAAAAACAAAAAUACAUGAAUCACCAACAAUCGUUACUCCGUGAUCAUGGCGCUUGCAACAAUGGCGAAAUGUUGUUGGUUUCAUGAAAACAAUCAAGAAACAGCCGUUAUUGUCAUAGAAAAUAGAUAUAAAAAUGCCAAUUUCACAUAAAAUGUAAGAUGGAAGUUAAGUAUUCGCAUACGCGUUUGUCGAUAUUACCUUACCAUGUGAACUUGAAUUUGCUAAGUGUAAGUAUUUUAUUAACAUCUUUGGUGAACAUUACGGUUAUGGUAUUAUGGUUAACAAAGGUAGGGCAUAGCGGUAUUACCGCUCGAAUUGGAGCGCCCGUCUGGGGAAGUAACCUCCAUCUUUUAGAAGACCACAGUAAAAUAACACUACCUUUUGGUGGUGUUGUGAUUCUGUCGGUAAGGUUCCAGGGUUCACGGUGUGCAACAACCCGGUUGAUGUUUUUUUGGUAUCCCAAGCGUUUAUAUGAAGUCUAUAUUUGCCGCUUACCAACAGGCGGGUCAUAUGCUUGCCACCUGGGGUUGCCAAUCCUACUAUAUAAUACAGUAUCCUACUAUAGUAGGCGUAACUACUAUAUUUUGCUUAAAGCAGAUUAUUGUCAGUAAAAGCGUUCUUAGAAAUAAAAAAAAAUAUUAAGACAUGGAAGAGCAAAAAUGUAUUCAUUUUAAAAUUAAAGUGGAUAUUUUAACCACAUACUAUAUUUUUUUUACCAUCUUUUUGCUAUCUUACUAUAUUUUUAGAGGUAACAGCUUCGAAAAUACUAUAUUCAAAAGAAAAAAAAAUUGGUAACCCUAAAGUCACCCUAUUAACAUAAAAAAAUGGUUGCAAUAAAUAUUGUGUGUCCUUUUUAUAAUUAUGUAUAAUAUUAGGCGCUGUUGUAUGAACGUAAAAUUAAAUUACCAAUUAGACAAAUUUAAAGAAUCAACUGUUAUCGAUAGAUUGGUUUGAGACUAUUAUCAAGCAAAUCAUGUGAUAUUAAUUAAUUCGUAGUAGGUCCCAUAAUUUAGGUUUUAUGAUGUAAGUAUUCCUUUUAAUAAAGGCAAAUGAAAAACUUAUAAUUUCAGUUCCAGCUAUCAUCAGCUAUCGUACAAGGGGCCUCGCGCCUCAAAAUUUUUAUGCAUUGCUUAAAAGCGAAUUUCUUUUUUUUAUUAUUUUAUAAAAUCCGUCUUCAGGUCGCCACAGAACAGGGCCUCGCGAAAUCUGUCUUGCCCACAUCAAAUUUAGGUCUUGCCCCGCUAUUGUUCAGUUCUAUACCUAUUAGAAAACCUACACUAGGUAUUAAUAUUUCAAUUCAUUUUAUGCAAGAAUAUUAUUAUAAUACGUAGAUAAGUAUAUAGUUAUGUUUUUUUAUGAACGUAGUUAUAUUAUAUGGUUAGUAACUUGAUUUAUUAGAAGUAAUAUGUAUAAUAUUGCAUAAUGAAACUUACGUACCUAACAUACCAAAGUAAUUAACCACACAAAUUAACUGUUUGAGAAGUUAAUCUAACCGCAUGGCACAAAUUAUGACAACUAUUGUUAAUGAAAGCUCGCGUAAAUAGUUAACUAUUUAUUCAUAAUUUUGAAGUUAAUAUUUAUUUAAUCAAAUACCUUGAAAAACACAUUGAAUACUUUUUUAACGAAAUGACCUAAAUAUCCAUCGUUUUAUUGAAAAUCAUUUUGUAAAUAACAACAAAGUAAGCAUUUUAAGUAAAAAUAAGUCAAUAUAUAUUGCAUAACAAUAGUUACACUUACCCUAGUUUAAAAGACGCUGUUAC